UCGGCUGUACGGGUCUGUUAAGAGAUGGCGCUGUCCUCGAGCCGUGGACCGCAGUCUGUUAUGUUCCGUUAAAGGCCAGCGCUCGCGGAGUUUUGAAAGACAUUGGAAAAUGGGGCGCCACUCCUCAGAUAGUGAAGAUGAUAUCAGAAGUCGUCGUAAAAAGAAACACCGGAGGAAAUCAACUUCCAGCAGUUCUUCAGAUAGCAGAACAUUCACGCGGAAAAAAUCUUGUAGAAGGACAAGAUCACACUCUCGUCACCGCUCCCAUUCACGAUCCAAGGACAGAAGACAUAGACGGCGGUCUAGCAGCAGUUCAUCAUAUGAGGUCCGAAAAAAGCGAAGCAGAUCACGGGAUCGAGGGAAAUCGUACAGAUCACGGCGGUCUAGAUCAAGAAGUAAGAACAGAAGUUCAAGAUCCAGACAUCGCCAGCGGUCCCAUAGUCGAAGCAGUGAACAAUCAAGCCGCAGACGAAGUUACAGUCACAGCAGAUCUAGAGAAAGAGAAAGACGAAAAGCCAGAGACAAAGGACGAGAGAAGGACCGGGAGAAAGAAAAACAGAGGGAAUCAAGAAGUGAUAAAAAGGGGGAUUCUGGCAGCAUCAACGUAGGAUUAGAACAUCUGUCUCCUGCGGAACAAGCCAAAGCAAGAUUACAGUUGGUCCUCCAGGCUGCUGCAAAAGCAGAUGAAGUAUUAAAGGCUAAGGAAAGAAAAGAGGAGGAUGCCAAAAAGAAGAGAGAACAAGAAUAUACCAUUGAAGAACAGGUGAAGCGAGUAAAAAGUAUUGAAGCUAUUGAAAGUGAUUUCUUUAUCCAACAAACCUUUAGAUCUGGCAGAGAUGUAAAAAAGGCACAAGAACCUCCUGAAACCAAGCAUGAAUCCAAUGUGCUGAGCAACAGAACAACUGAUUUUAAUAUUGAAAUCAAGCAAGAGCUUGAUUACAUUCCUUCUACAAUCAAGUAUCAAGAUGAUGACUCAUUGGCUCAUCCAAGUUUGUUCCUGGAUAAGAAAGAAGCUGAAGAAAAGUGGUUCAAGAGAUUAAUCACGCUGCGGCAGGAGAAAUUGAUGGGAAGCCCAGUGCCUGGAUUUUGAAUCUAUUUUUCUUAAAUGAUUAAUCCAUCAGCCAAAACGUUCAUUGUGAAAUUAGUGUAUUUCAUUGUUUUAUGAAUUUCCAUUAAGUGUAUUCAUAAGUUGAGGCUCUCUGAUUUAAUAAACUACCUAAUUUGUAUUAGCAAUAA